AUGUUCAGAACUUUAUCUGGUAGGUACUCAUUUACGACAUCAUCGAAUACAAGUUUAGUGUCAAAUAAAUCUACCAGGGGAUCUAUACCUAUGAUUCUGUCGGUAUACAACUACUUCUUCUCUGGAACCGACCAGAAUGUGCGUCCAUUCUCUACAAACAACCCUAUCAUGUCUUCGGACGUGACGGACCUGUUCCAUCCACGGUUGAAGACUAUCUUCCAACAACUAGAUUCGUUGGCACCCCGAUUUGUUUUGAACUCAGGCGAUAUCCAAAUCUUGACACAUCCCCAUGUUUUUUAUUCAACUUUAAAAGAUAAGAUUCUUGCGGCAAAGACGCGAGUCUACUUGAGCUCUCUAUACAUCGGUAAGACGCAGCAUGAGCUCGUGGACUGCUUAGACGAGGCUCUCACCAAAAACGAAGAACUUAAAGUGUACCUACUCACGGACGUACUUCGUGGCACACGUGAGGCACCGAACGGUCCUUGCUCAGCAUCUCUUUUGGUACCCCUUGUUCAAAAACAUGGGAAGCACAGAGUCGACAUCAGGAUGUAUCAUACUCCACAUUUGAACGGAAUACGCCGAUCGGUCACACCCAAGCGAGUCAACGAAAUGCAUGGCCUCCAACACAUGAAAUUGUAUGGAUUCGAUGACGAAAUUAUGUUAAGUGGUGCCAACUUAUCUGAAGACUAUUUCACCGACAGACAAGACAGAUACUAUCUCUUUCGCAGCAAGCCACUCUCAGAUUACUACUUUGACAUACACUCCGCGGUGGCUUCCUUGUCGUAUCAGAUAUUAGAAUCAAAAGAGAAGCAAGGAUUCAGAUUGAACUGGCCAACAUCAAAUGCCAGUUGUGAACCACACAUGAACCAUCAACGUUUCAUAAGCGACUCCUCCUUCCUUCUUGAGCCACUCCUUAAACAGCAUAAGCUCAAAUCAUUUGAGCAAUUCAAUGAUACAGAUAAUUUUGAUACUAUAGUGUAUCCAGUAUCACAGUUUACACCUUUGAUGCAACCCAAUUUUGACCCUUCAACGGAAAAGCCUGUUAUCCUCAGACUCUUAUCAUACUUGGAUUCACCCAACGUCAAAUGGUGGUUUACUGCGGGGUAUUUUAACAUGUACCCUCAAAUUCAAGAAAGACUUUUAAAUGGUUUAGCAAAGGGAACGGUCAUAACUGCAGCCCCACAGGCAAAUUCAUUUUACAAGUCGGCAGGUUUUUCAUAUUAUAUUCCUGAAGCAUAUCUUUUGUUUGCCAAGAGAUUUUUGGAAGAAGUGACGAAAAGAGGUAAACAGGAGCUUAUUAAGUUAUACGAGUGGAAGAACGGUGUAGUAAACACUCCAGGUGGGUGGUCAUAUCACGCGAAAGGGUUAUGGAUAACAGUUCCUGAGGACCCAAAGCCCUCGAUCACCAUUAUAGGCUCCUCCAAUUACACAAAGAGAGCUUACCUGUUAGACCUCGAGAGCAAUGCCGUUAUUAUAACGAAAGAUGAAAAGCUCAAGCAGCAAAUGAGUGACGAGGUGGCCAAUUUAAUGAAAUUUGCUGAGCCCUUGGAACUUGACGAUUUUAAGCCGAAACCGAAGGCUAUAUCAGUAGCAGGAGAUGGUGCUGAACCCAGAAACGAGGAAGAAGGGGAAGGCAGACGCAUUAGUUAUGCUGCACACCUUGCGGUUAAGGUACUUGGUGGAAAGUUUUGA